UUGAGACAGGAUUUCUUGGUUGCUGCUGCUUCUGCUGGAGACCUCUGUGGCUGGUGGCGCCCCUACCCAGGCCUUGCCUGGCUCUGGGCUUGCCGCUGGAGGUACUCCACCACCUAGCCCAGCAGAACACACUCACCAUGGGAUCUGUGCUCAGCCCCAUGGCUGGGCUGUGCCUGCCACAGCCUGCUUCCACCUUUGGCAUCGGUGUCUGGACGAGGGGAAUGUGGUGGCUCCUGAAAACUUGGAGCUGCCAGGAACUCAGAAACCCAAGGACAUCACAGCUUGAUCGUUCCCAUGGCCAGUGGGCUGUUUCCUGAAGCCCCCAUGUCCUCAGCACAGAGGAGACACCCAAUGCCUGCUGAAGCCCACAUCCCUGGACCAAGUGACCUGACCCUCACCUGGAGGACCUUCACCUUCACCUCUCACCUGGAGGACCCCCUCACCUUGGGACCCCCUCCCACCUGGAGGAACCUCUCACCUGGAGAACCUUCACCUGAAGGACCCCCCUACCUGUAGAACCUCCCCACCUGAAGGACACCUCACCUGGGGGACACGCCCCCCCCCCACGUAGAGGAUCCUCCCACCUAGAGAUCCUUCACCUGGAGGACCUCCCCACCUGAAGAUCUCCCACCUGGGGGAUCCCCUAACCUGGAAGACCUUCACCUGCAUAAUCGCCAUGACCUCCCAGUCUGGCGCAGCCUGGUCGGGUGCCCCGGCUUCAUAAAAUAAGGCCGGAACCGUGGCAGUCAGAGCAGGUUCCUGGAACUGAUCGCCUAAGGCGGACCCGCGGGAGCGUCUCUUGCUGGGGCGAUGCCGGAGUGUGAAGGAGUUCGAGAAGCUGAACCGGAUUGGAGAGGGCACUUACGGCAUCGUGUGUGAGUGGCCAAGGCUGGUGGCUGCUGUGACAGUGUGGGACGAGAGCGUUGGGGCCGAAGGGACUCAUGCCCCGUGCUCGGAACCAGGGCAGAAACUUGGUCAGGAAGUUAAUUCCUGGCGUGAUUAUCGCAAGCGUUAUUCCAUUUCUGGAUAAACAUCGGGCGCGGGACACCCAGACAGAUGAGAUUGUUGCGCUGAAGAAGGUGCGGAUGGACAAGGAGAAGGAUGGCAUCCCCAUCAGCAGCCUGCGGGAGAUCACGCUGCUGCUCCGCCUACGCCACCCGAAUAUCGUGGAGCUGAAGGAGGUGGUUGUCGGGAACCACCUGGAGAGUAUCUUCCUGGUGAUGGGUUACUGUGAGCAGGACCUGGCCAGCCUCCUGGAGAAUAUGCCAACACCCUUCUCGGAGGCCCAGGUCAAGUGCAUCGUGCUGCAGGUGCUCCGGGGCCUCCAGUACCUGCACAGGAACUUCAUCAUCCACAGGGACCUGAAGGUCUCCAACUUGCUCAUGACUGACAAGGGCUGCGUGAAGACAGCGGAUUUUGGCCUGGCCCGGGCCUACGGUGUCCCAGUAAAGCCGAUGACCCCCAAGGUGGUCACUCUCUGGUACCGAGCCCCCGAGCUGCUGCUGGGAACCACCACACAGACCACCAGCAUCGACAUGUGGGCCGUGGGCUGCAUCCUGGCCGAGCUGCUGGCCCACAAGCCCCUUCUCCCCGGCACCUCCGAGAUCCACCAGAUUGACUUGAUCGUGCAGCUGCUGGGGACGCCGAGUGAGACCAUCUGGCCGGGCUUUUCCAAGCUGCCGCUGGUUGGUCAGUAUAGCCUUCGGAAGCAGCCGUACAACAACCUAAAGCACAAGUUCCCAUGGCUGUCGGAGGCUGGGCUGCGCCUGCUCCACUUCCUGUUCAUGUACGACCCUAAGAAAAGGGCGACCGCUGGGGACUGCCUGGAGAGCUCCUACUUCAAGGAGAAGCCCCUGCCCUGUGAGCCGGAGCUCAUGCCCACCUUUCCUCACCACCGCAACAAGCGGGCCGCCCCGGCCACCUCCGAGGGCCAGAGCAAGCGCUGCAAGCCCUGACGGCGGGCCCAGCUCACACCUGCAUCCCAGAGCCAGAUCUUCAGGUUGGCGGUGUCUGUGAAGGGUGCUGUGAUCCAGGCUGACAAGGCACCUGGAAUCUGGCUGGUCCCCUUGGCUGGGACCAUCCUCCAGUGACCAUCACCCUGUCUUCCCCUGAGCCCACUGCUGCCCUAGAAACAGGGCUUGGUUGCAGGGCGACGCUUCAGGGGCUUCCAGCCUGUGCACCCUGGAAGGGUGGGUCUGGUGGCUCCGUCCCCAGCUGCAGGGGUCUCAUGAGGCUCUCCGGCCUCACUGUGGGAACCAUGGGACCCUGCUUCUUUGGAGGAGUGGCCAGUGCACUUCCCUCUGGUGUCUUGGAGUCGUGGUGGAUGCUGGCUUGGGAUGAGCAGAACCCAGACCACCUUCUCCCCUUUCAGUCAUCAGGAGCUGCCCCCUGCAUGGGUCAGCUUUGGUGACCCCAGGUGGGCCUGUCAGGAUUCCAGAUGAGAACAAGAGGGACGAGGUGUAGUGUGCGGGCCACAAGUGAGGAUGCCCCGGGACCCCCAGGAGAACCCUGGGCAAGGGGCCCCGUUGCAUCCCACUCCUCACAGAGGCCCCAAUGGGAGGCUGCAACACUGAUGUUGAGAGGUUUGGUACGCUCUGGUCAGAUAAAAACUUUCUUAAAAGA